AUGGCUCGCAACCAAGAAAAAGCGCAGUCCAUGCUGUUCCGCUUCCGGGCGCAACAAGCAGCGGACAUGGGAAUCAUUGACCUUGGCCGAACCCGUCGCCCCAAGGCCAUUACAAGCAUCGACUCGGUCCCAACCUGCGAGCGCUGGCGCGGCCAGGUGUUAAAAGAGGUCUCCCGCAAAGUAUCACGCAUUCAAGAACCGAGUUUGAGCGACUUCCAGAUCCGCGAUCUGAACGACGAGAUCAAUAAGCUUAUGCGGGAGAAAUGGGCUUGGGAGAUGCAGAUUCGGAACUUGGGUGGGCCGAACUACAUGCGUGGGUCGGGUCGCGUGUAUGAUGACGAAGGGCGAGAGAUUCCUGGUGGUGGCAAGGGAUAUCGAUAUUUCGGUCGCGCUAGGGAGUUGCCUGGUGUGAAGGAGAUGUUUGAGAACGCUGCUCGCCGGUCGAAGGGUCCUUCUGAGGAGGAGAGUGCAGCUGGUCGGGGUGGAGAUAUUGCUACCCGGAAGGUUGAUGCCAAUUACUUCGGUUAUGGACUUGAUGAGGAAGAUGGAACAUUGCUUGCUUAUGAGAAGCAGAAGGAGAAGGAGGCUGUUGAUCAUCUGCGUGGACAAGGCGAAGACGAUGCGGAGGAUGGGUGGGAGCCGUUACCUGGUGAUGCUGGUGACGGAGUUGAAUGGCGACUACCUUCACUUGAAGAGGUUCAAGAGGAGCUGAUUGACCGUCGGCGCAGACGGCUCCUGGACAAGAUCUCUUGA